AUGGAAUCAUGGCGGGAGCGAGGCUUUGUACCGGACUCAGACUCGGAGGACGGGUUCGACAGCCAGGAGACGCUCAAUUCUUCCCGCAAGGAUGACGAGCGGGCGAUCGAAGGCUCGGCGGCUGCUGCGGCGCUGGUCAAAGAUGUCGCAACCAAUACACGGGUCACUGGAGCGGAGGAAAGAGGCACCGAUCCUUCGCAGGAUGUGAAUGGGAGCGAUCUAGUUCGUUCUUCGACACUUGACUCGAACGUUGAAGUGAGUCCUACGCACAAUCUCCCCACGCACGAACCGACGGCAACGGCCGACCACGCAUACCAAGAGGCACCAACGGAACAGCCGGCAGACGAGACCACCCCUCGAGCGAGUGGGAAGUUGGAUGAGUCGGACCAAGUCUUGGGAGAUGCUCCACGCAGCGCCUCAUCGACCCCAAGGGCACAAAGGAAGGCAGCUACCUGGGAUGAUUCUAGUUCUGAGGACGAAUUACAGUUUGAAUAUAUGCGACCUCGAAAGCCGGCCCGGGUCUAUACUCGUGUCAAGAGUGUUAGUCAACCCCAGCCACCGGAAGAGAAUUAUGACUCUUCCACGCCGUCGUCGCCUCUCUCGUCCCUUGAUUCGCUGCGCCUGGACUUUGACGAUGAGGAGGAUCAAGAGGACAAUUUCGCGGACAAUGAUCAGACGCAGCAUGAAGAGGGAGCUUCGAAUGGCCAGACGGCGCUGGAGGAUUUGAUGAAUUUGGAUUUGCCAGGGGAGGGCUCGCCGGAACAAAACUCUACGGAGCAGGAUGUCAUGGAGAAGGAAUUCACAGAGCAAGUCUCGACAGAAAAGGACACAGAGGAGCAAUGGCCGACAAUGCAGACGCUCCUGGAACACAGUAUGACCGAGCAAGACUUGAUGGGACAAGAAUCGGCACAGGAGCUCCCGCCGCUGGACAUUCCUGAAGAGCUACUUCGUGAGCUUUCCCAACCAGCGCGGAGAUCUCUGCGAGAGCGCAAGGCUAUUCAAUUGCAUCCGUACAUGCUGGAAGAUGUGAAAUAUCGCAGCCUUAUGCGAGCGCGAGGAGUCAAACCAGUGCGCGUGGCCCAGCAGGAGAUCAAUCGUCCGGGUGCUCAAGAAAGUCAGAACCAGGACUAUGUCGACCAACCAGAGCCAACGUCCGAUAGUCUGGGAGCUGAAUUUGAAUAUCUGCCGUCAUCUCCACUCGAGACUCGACUUCAUGUAGAGAAAAGGCCAAUUGAAUCAUCUCCGGAGCGUCGACACCAUCAGGCGCCACGAGCUCAGUCUACUAACCGGCUCCCGGGUCCUACCGUAAAGAGGCGAAAGGUGUCCAAAACUGCAAAUCCUCAACGAACUCCUCGGACUCAGACCCAAGCCCGGUUACAGGUAGUCAUCGAUAACGUCUCAUCCCCCGCUAGCCAGGCUAAUAAGCCUAUCUUCGAAAUCCCGAGCCCACCCCGCUCGGAGGAUGAUGGCCCAUCUGAUGUGGAAGCUUCCACCACUUUCCGAUUCCCUAGAGGUUUCACGCCUGCGUUGAAUACUCCCAGUACUGGGCCACGAGCUGCGACCACUGAUCGAGAUGUCAUGGACUGGUCUGCACCUGAGAUUGAAGGCAGUAUGGAUGAUGGGCACUUCGAGGCCACUGCCAGUCCUCUGGUCCAGGAAGGGUCUCAGGCUCUUAGCGAAGAGGAGCGGGAGGAGACUGACGGCGAAAGGUCUGAUGAGGAUGAAGCUGCAAUGCGGCGGCGUUAUCAGCGACGUAUUAAGGGAGUGCUUCCAGCAUCAUGGCUGCGAUUGGAUCAGCAAAAGCAGAAGGAGGUGCAGCUUGGCUCAACGCAGCGGAACAAUGAAAGGAUGUCUGCGAGAACGGACGAGAUGAAGGGUGUUGCUAGGCGAGUGCUGAAACAUGGCGGCAAUGCUAGACUGCCGGGCUCGAUAGACGCACUGCGACAGCUUGCCGAUUCUGACAGCGAGGACGGACAAGAAGACAAAGACGCCGACGACGAAUCCAUUUCACGUCCGCCGGCGGCUCGACAAGGGUACGAGCAUACAUCACUGUAUCACGAUAUGGAUGACGACAUCCCAGUAGACAACCGGAUCGAUGACAUGUUCCCCCCAGUCCCUCGCUCUACAUCGGGCCUUAAAGCUCGAAAACAGGGAAAGAAAGACACUACCGUCAAAAAAAAUGGUGUUUCUUCUAGUCUUGUAUCCAAAAGGUCUCAUAUCAAGAGACAAGCAAGGCUAACGGAUCACAUUUACCGGACACAGAAACAAGAGAAACGAAGAGCGCCAGCUCUGCCUAAUAUUGGUGUUUUGGAUGCACCAGAUGUUGUUUCUCGACCUCGAAGCGAACAGCCACAGUUUCUCAGGGUUGCCGCACGCAAGGCGCGUAGUCGCCAGGAUAAGGGAAGGAGAAGCCCGUCUCGCAAGGUCUUCAAGUUUAAUUCGCACGCAGAUACUGAAGAUGCGAAUGCUUCGUUGCAUGAAUGGCGAUCAGGUGAUCUUCGACAAACCAGACUGUCUCAUAUGCAAACCAAACCUUUCAAGCAGCAGACCUCGCGAGAAGGCCAUGCGAAGACACAAGAUCGUUUCGGCAUGAAAGCAGGUCGACCGCCUGUAACAACCAUGGCAUCUUCACUAUCGUCAAUACAUCCGUCUAGAGACUCGGGAGAACUUGGUGUCCGAGUUGAGGAGAACCCUCGUGAUACGGAAUUAACAAUUCCGCCCCAAAGGUCAAAUGGUGAUGAUGUAUCUCGUGACCCCGGUAGACCAGAGCAACCAAGUAAUAGAUGGAUUGUCAAAAGGAACUUCGCAGUCACCUCCUUUACGAGAAAUGGCUUUAGACCUGCGUUGCUCGAAGAGGUGAACCCAGCCGGUCGACCUGUGUCUUCGGUAUCUUUCCAACGAUCACUAUCGCAGUUGAACCGAGAUUACCGCGGUAAAAACCUUCCUCGAAUAAGGCGUGAGAACGUGGUCAUGGAUAGGUUCAUCGCGAGUCGCAGUGCAACACCUGUUUCGGCCGAGAAGUCAAAUGGACCCGCCACGGCCCAGAUGCUUGACAAAGCGAGCGUCAGACCCCAAAUUGUACAGACCCGGUUGCAAAGUCGUCAGGGGAGGAAGCGUCCACCAAGGCGGUUGGAAGUCAAUACGGUCCAAGAACAGGAGCCGCCUCUUCAAGAGACAAUCACAAUCUCAGACUCGCAUUGGGUAGCCGAGGAACCGCAGCCCUCUGGGUGCCCCGUCGAGGCCCUUGAAGGGUUGCAGCGAACAUAUACCAUCAACUUCAACAUUUCUCCGUUGGUUUCAGGAACGUUUUUUCAUGAGUCAACCUUUAUCGGAAGCGGAGAGUUUUGUCGCUCGCUGAAGAUUCUCACCAGAAACCUCGACACUGACGCUGGAUUUUUUACUUUGCAUCUUGAAGAUGAACGUCACCGUUGGGGUGCUUGGAAUGAUGCCGUUUCCUCCGGUCUCGGACUUGCUUUCGACAAAAUUGUUGAGGAAUUGGACGGAUCGGUCGAGGGCCCGGUACAGUCUCUCACUCGAAGUGUCGACAAGCAAGGGUGCAUGGUGUACCGUUCCUUGAUCAAAUACGUCACAGACAAUCUGUCCUUCAUCGAUCCCAUCGAUAGGACGGGGUUUGUGAGGCGAGCGCAUAGCCUUGUUUGCAAGGUCAAUGACACCUUGGCGACGUUGGUCCCGGCAACCGAGCCGGAGAUGGAUCACCUUCUGACAAUCUCUUCUUAUAACGCUGUAUUCGUGAACUUGCUGUUUCAGAUCGCAGGACAUGAACUUGUCGAACGCAGUGUUGCUGACGAGGUUAUGAUCUUAUUGAAGCUGUCGUCGAAGCAGACCAUCGCUGUUAUCGCAAGCGAAUUGGGGCAAUCCAGUAUUCGCAAGCACCUACAAGAUCUGGAGUCUGCAGAGGCCCGCGAAAGAGGCAUUCGCAGCGGCAGAUCUUCCUUUCAAGCAUAUGUGAUUGUCCGGCAUGUGCUGCGCAGCAAUGAUAGUGUGAAAGGAUAUUUCGAGGAUCUGCUAGCCCAGGCCUACACACUAACUGACGAGGGCGACUUGAGCGAGUCGAAAAACGUCCCUCAGCUGGAAGCUGCGUGGCGGAACGUGUUCACAUCCUUGCCUCUGAACGAAUUUGAUGUUCGUGGCAUUGCCCAGAUUGGCUCACGGUUCCGUGAACAGCAGGACAAUUGGCCCGUGAUCAAAAUGCUGCUACGUCCUGCGCUUGAAAGCUACGAAGCCACUUCUGUCGGGCAGCCUGUCUCGUAUUACAUUUACUGCCGGGCUUUGUUUCACAGGUGCUUCCACCUCAUCAACGGCUGGGGUUGGCGGGAUUGCAAGCCAGUCUUGGACACUUUAUACGAUUUUUUUGCCAAGAAUACUUUGUACAAUUUGAGGCAAGAAGAGAACUACAAGUCCCCAUCUUUCCUCAAUGAACUUGACCGCAAUCCUUCGUUACACGUGCAGCCUGGCGAGCCAUGCUUUCAUAUCUUGUUGAAGAUCAUUGCAAGUGGAUUAAAGUCGUUGGCGAAGUCCUACGAUAAAAAGAAAGUUCGGAAUUUUGCCUGGCGCCUGUUGCCGAACCAUGGCCGGAUGUACCCUAAGGAAAAGCCCAUUCAACAAACCGACUUGGAUGCCUUGAGAAACCAUCACGACCUGCUUUGCACGCUGUACUAUGCAGUUCCUGACGGAUGCCGACCCCGGUUGGAAACCAUUCGGGAUUUAGUUCAUCCUGCAAGCUCUCAUAGGGAAACAUGCAAUAUCAGUCUUCGUUCCUGGGAUCGAUUGGUUCGCUUUAAGCUAUCAACUGACGAAGAAACCUCGGGGCUUGAGGCAUUUGCGGACUGGCACUGCUAUUUCGUGACCGAGCUAUUGAAACAGCAUGCAAUGGCUCGGCAAGAGGUCGAGGCCCAGAAUACAGUUGCAAACAAAUUCUCCGAUAAGUUGGUUGAAAAAACAAUAGCGCAGAAUCAGCGACAAAUUGAAUCGCUGCUGAAGACGGCUCUGAGCAAUCUACGAGGUGCCGUCAAGGCGGCACCGAAAUUGGAGCAUGCUCAAAAAUUGGUGUCAAAAAUGCCAGUAAAAGCGCUAUUAGCGCUUUUCAACCCCCAGCUUUCUCGCGUCAAUAUCAUUGUCACUGAAUCUCUACUGGUGGUACUUGCCUAUCUUGAGAAAUGCAACGCUUCUCAAGCGCAGGCCCCAGGAACAGCAGGUCCACCCGUUGCGCUGGACGACGAUAGCCAAGAGUAUGGGGACUGGACUGACAUUGAAGCUGUAUGCGGGGAGAUGACUACUACAGCAGCACCUGAGAUCGAGUAUGUAGAGCAGGCCUUCCACCCCGCUGUGUCCCGACUUGUCUCCAACUGCUUUGGUGAAGACCAUUGUCCUGAGGACGCAAUCCUUCUCAGUACUGUCGAAUGCUGGACCUCCAUCGCACAAACACUUGUUCAGCACGGACUGCGACAUUGGCACAGCUACUUGACUCCCUACAACGGCGAUUCGUGGGCAGCGCUUCGAUCAACUAUGCAGACAAGAAAGUUCACGCCCUUUUUCUUGGCAAGCUGCAUCGAAAAAGACGCUCGAUGCAUCGUCGACUGUAAAGUCCAGAUCCUUGGCAUGUGGAUGGCCAGCUUGGUCGAAAGGGUCGCCUUACUGAAAUACCAACACCGCUUAACAGAGGCGUUAGUGAAUCAAGAGGAUGCGGAUCCUGUAUUUCAGAAUUUGCCUUUUGCCCUGGACCGCAAGCAGGGACGAUAUUCUCUCAGCUUGGAGGACAUCAGCCAGCGCCGGUUGUCGCUGAUAUCUAGUCUCUUGUCCAACAUGCGCUCGCAUCUCCAAGACCUUGAAGACGCAGGCGCACGCGAAUACUCGAGCACAAAGCAAGAAUACGCCGAGGCAAUCCAGAGAAUGAUGUCAUCGAUGAAGGCAAAUUAUCAGGAGCUAGGAAAUGGCACCCAGAGCGUUCAGGGCGCCUAUGUCGAUCUCGUCCAUCGAGUUGUAGGGUUCCUGCAGCAACACAGCAGACAAAUCUGCCCUAUUGAUCCGUUUUUCAUCGAUCCAGCUUCUUUCCCGCUGCCGUCCACGGACCCGACCUAUAUCGUCGCCAGAUUGAAGAGUUAUGAGCCCAAGGUCUCGGUCGAGAGUGGGGCGAAAACGCUAGUGGUGUUCGUCCAGAGCGUCUCGGAGAGGGCGGCCAUAGAUGGUCAACAGGAUUACCUUGUCAACCAGUUGCAUUCCUCGAUGAGCGAGACCUAUGAGAGCGGCAGCCCGGACAAGCCCACGUUGAGGUCGACAAUGCUGCAGGCUGUUCUCCCUGCCUACCUCGAGACAGCCUUCAGUAGCCGGGCGGCUUGGAUAGUGAGCCGGCCGAUUGUGCAUACCAUCCGCCUCGUCUUCGAGGAGCUUCUCUUCACCCUCGACUCCACAGACUCUGCGUGUGUGGGGUCGGUAUUGAAUAUGGUCGCCUCUGUCUUCGGACCGUCGUAUCGUGCAUUGCAACUUCCUUUGUUCCGGAACGUCAACCUGCUUACCGACCCCGCCGCAGCGGUGACCGCUGCUUCGUUCUUGGAAUUGAUCACGUCCGCCUUGCCGAUUGUAGACUACAUCGACCGCGGCACCAUAGACCACCGAGCCGCCAGCGACAACAUCCUCCUCCAGCUACGGGCCUUUCGCCAGCUUGCUCUUAUCGCCCUCUCCCUUAACCUCGGAGAAAAUGACGGUCACAACCACCUUUCAGCAGCAGCAGCCGUCUCCCCCGGUGGCGGUGAAUUCACGCAGUACGCCGCAGCCUUCACUUCCCACCCAGUGGCCCCCACAGCCCCAGCGUUCUUCCCCGAGCUCCGCCACAAUGCAGCCCGCGAACUACAGUCUUACAUCUACGAGCACUGGUCCUGUCACCAGGGCAAAUACUAUUUCACCCGCCGAGGCGGGCACCAACCCCAGGAAAUCGAAAUAGCACCCGCAGUGGCUACUCAACUCGAGCAAUCUCCCCUGCUUGCGUUGCGGACUGCGGCUCAAAACUUCGUGGAUACCUUAGACAAACUUGGUCUUAUUGAGGAUGAUGACGAUGAGUGAGGCCUUCUUGUUUGGCUUCAACUGGUUUACGGUGCUGGUGAGUAGGUUGAGUUGGGCUAUUCUGAAGCUUAUAUAUUCAUGCAUGAUGAUUCCCCCUUGUUGAGAGUUGAUGUACCGGCGUAUGGUCAUGGAUGAU